AUGGGUUUGGCCUGCUCCUUACCAAACGGUGCACCUACAGCCUUGAAGUGGUCCAUUCUUCCCGACCUGGUAUCUUCCUCUUCCCGAGCGGCCAUGACGGUUCUGGGAGUGGUCUUCGGACGGGUGGUUGGUGACGUUUUUUGCUCCGACCGUUGCUUAAAAGUGGGCGGAGCAGAGACCGUCGACUUCUCCUUCCUCCUCUCUUGGGGACAUAGGGUUCCGACAGUGUCGGGGCGUGUCCUAGGUCGUGCCUUGUUGGGUUCGCCGUUUGUUGUGGAGGAAGGGUUGGUUAUCUGGCUUGGACUUUCUGUCUCCUUGUGUAGUCUCCAUCAGGUGAUGGGUCGACGGGUGGAGGCUUGGAGUUUUUUACUGGCUGCGGGGAGGGUUUCUUUCUAUGAUCAUGGAACUCAGUCGUACUAG